GUGGUCCGAGGCUGAGGGAGGCUGGAGGAGGGGAGUUGGUACUUAGGAGACAGAAAAUGGCGUCUGCGAACGAGCAAAGUUUGUGACGCGGCGAGGUUUUUGGCUCUGGAGGAGGCCUUCUUCUCGGGUCGGGAGAAAGUGCAGGUUCCUUGUGGACCAGCACUGGUAUAAACAGUGGGAAGUGUAUGUGCAGGGAGGGGACCAGGAUUCCAGCACCUUCCCUGGCUACAUCAACAAUGCUGAGCUCUUUGAAGAUCAGAUAAGCUGGCGCCUCAAGGAGGGACUGGAAGAAGGCAAGGAUUAUGUGCUGCUCCCAGCAAUUGCUUGGCAUUAUCUGGUCAGCUGGUAUGGCCUAGAACAUGGCCAGCCACCCAUUGAACGCAAGGUCAUAGAGCUGCCCAGCACCCUGAUGGUCGAAGUAUACCCAGUAGAACUGCUGCUUGUCCAGCACAGUGAUAUGGACACAGCUCACACUGCUCAAUUCAGCCACACAGAUUCACUUGACCUAGUAUUGCGCACAGCUCGGGAGCAGUUUCUGGUGGACCCUCAGGAAGAGACACGGCUUUGGAUCAAGAACUCGGAAGGAUCUUUGGAUCGGUUGUGUGACACACACGUCACAGUGCUUGAGGCCGCCCUGGAGACUGGGCAGUUGGUCGUCAUGGAGACUCGAAACAAAGAUGGCACUUGGCCCAGCGCACAGCUGCAUGCCAUGAACAACAAUGUGUCAGAAGAGGACGAGGAUUUCAAGGGCCAGCCGGGCAUCUGUGGCCUCACCAAUCUGGGCAACACGUGCUUCAUGAACUCGGCUCUGCAGUGCCUCAGCAACGUGCCACAGCUCACUGAGUAUUUCCUCAACAAUCGCUACCUGGAGGAGCUGAACUUCCGUAACCCACUGGGCAUGAAGGGUGAGAUCGCAGAGGCCUAUGCGGACCUGGUGAAGCAGGCGUGGUCUGGGCACCACCGCUCCAUCGUGCCCCAUGUGUUUAAGACCAAGGUUGGCCAUUUUGCGUCCCAGUUUCUGGGCUAUCAGCAGCAUGACUCGCAGGAGCUGCUGUCAUUUCUCCUGGAUGGGCUGCAUGAGGACCUCAAUCGGGUCAAGAAGAAGGAGUAUGUGGAGCUGUGUGAUGCCGCAGGGCGGCCAGAUCAGGAGGUGGCUCAGGAGGCUUGGCAAAACCACAAACGGCGGAAUGAUUCUGUGAUCGUGGACACUUUCCAUGGUCUCUUCAAGUCCACGCUGGUGUGUCCUGAUUGUGGCAAUGUGUCUGUGACCUUCGACCCCUUCUGCUACCUCAGUGUCCCACUGCCUGUCAGCCACAAGAGGGUCUUGGAGGUCUUCUUUAUUCCCAUGGAUCCCCGCCGCAAGCCAGAGCAGCACCGGCUUGUGGUCCCCAAGAAAGGCAAAAUUUCGGAUCUGUGUGUGGCUCUGUCCAAACACACGGGUAUCUCUCCAGAGAGGAUGAUGGUGGCUGAUGUCUUCAGUCACCGCUUCUAUAAGCUCUACCAGCUGGAGGAAUCUCUGAGCGGCAUCUUAGACCGCGAUGAUAUCUUCGUGUAUGAGGUAUCAGGACGAUUGGAGCCCCUCGAGGGCUCGAGAGAGGAUAUUGUGGUUCCUGUCUACCUGCGGGAGCGCACUCCUGCCCGUGACUACAACAAUUCCUACUAUGGCUUGAUGCUUUUUGGGCACCCGCUCCUGGUGUCCGUGCCUCGGGACCGGUUCACCUGGGAGGGCCUGUAUAACAUCUUAAUGUACCGGCUCUCACGCUACGUGACCAAACCUAGCUCAGAUGAUGAGGACGAUGUGGAUGAGAAAGCAGAUGAUGAUGAGGAGGAUAAAGACAACAUCCCUGGACCUUCAACUGGGGGCAGCCUCCGAGACCCUGAGCCAGAACAGCCUGGGCCCAGCUCUGGGGUCACAAGGAGGUGCCCAUUCCUCUUGGACAACUGCCUUGGCACAUCUCAGUGGCCUCCAAGGCGACGACGCAAACAACUGUUCACCCUGCAGACAGUGAACUCUAAUGGGACCAGCGACCGCACGACCUCCCCUGAAGAAGUCCAAACUCAGCCAUACAUUGCCAUCGACUGGGAGCCAGAGAUGAAGAAGCGUUACUAUGAUGAGGCAGAGGCUGAGGGCUACGUGAAGCAUGAAUGCGUUGGGUACGUGCUAAAGAAAGCUCCAGUACAGCUGCAGGAGUGCAUUGAGCUCUUCACCACUGUGGAGACCCUGGAGAAGGAAAACCCCUGGUACUGCCCCUCCUGCAAGCAGCACCAGUUGGCCACCAAGAAGCUGGACCUGUGGAUGCUGCCUGAGAUUCUUAUCAUCCACCUGAAACGCUUUUCCUACACCAAGUUUUCCCGAGAGAAGCUGGAUACCCUUGUGCAGUUUCCUAUCCGGGACCUGGACUUCUCUGAGUUUGUCCUCAAACCACAGAACGAGUCCGCUCCAGAGCUCUACAAAUACGAUCUCAUCGCAGUUUCCAACCACUAUGGGGGCAUGCGUGAUGGACACUACACAACAUUUGCCUGCAACAAGGACAGCGGCCAGUGGCACUACUUUGAUGACAACAGCGUUUCCCCUGUGAAUGAGAAUCAGAUUGAGUCCAAGGCAGCAUACGUGCUCUUCUACCAACGCCAGGAUGUGGCACGACGCCCGCAGUCCCAGUCUGGCUCAUCUAGCCCCCCAACCUCCCCUGCCUGCAGUUCCCCACCCAGCUCUGAGUUUAUGGAUGUUAACUAAGGGGCCCUGGGUCCUACCCCAG